CCCUAGGCCAGCCCCCCACCCCUGCAGAGUGCCUGGUGAGCACCGAAGAUGGAGCCAACUGGGGGUGCCGCCCCCUGCCCAGGUCCUGAGGCUGCCUUGGGGGUGUCUGAGGCUGAGCCCAGCAGCACCUCCCAGGAGCUGCCCAGCACAGACCCGGGGAAGCUCCCAGCUUUGCCCGUGGGACCCAGAGCCCACCCAGGGUCCCCUGCAUCUGGGCCCCCGAGCAGCCAGGCCUCCGCAGGGGACAUGGAUCCCAAGGGACAGCUGAUCAGCAGCAGGAAGGUCCCUAACCGGGACAGCGGCAUCGACAGCCCAUCCUGCAGUGUGGCCGGGGAGCCGUUCCCGGGCCAGGAGGGCGGCCCCCCCGGCCUGCAGCCCGACAUCGACGUGGGCGAGGGCAGUGGUGAGGAGCCUGCCCCCGAGACCGGCACCCCCCAGACCCACAUGCCCGACGAGGCAGAGCUGGCCAAGUGCUCAGAGCCUCAGAAGUUGCUCCAUAUCGCUCAGGAGCUGCUCAGCACCGAGGAGACAUACGUGAAGCGGCUACACCUGCUAGACCAGGUAUUCUGCACCAGGCUGGCAGCAGCAGGCAUCUCUCCGGAAGUGACGACGGGCAUCUUCUCAAACAUCUCCUCCAUCUACCGUUUCCAUGGACAGUUCCUCCUGCCCGAGCUGCAGCUGCGCAUCCUGAAGGAGUGGGACACGAAGCCCCGACUGGGGGACAUCCUGCAGAAGCUGGCCCCGUUCCUCAAGAUGUACGGCGAGUACGUGAAGAACUUUGACAGGGCUGUGGAGCUGGUGAGCACCUGGACGCAGCGCUCGCCCCUGUUCAAGGAGGUGGUGCAGGGGAUCCAGAAACAGGACGUGUGUGGGAACCUGACGCUGCAGCACCACAUGCUGGAGCCCGUGCAGAGGGUGCCUCGCUAUGAACUCCUGCUCAAAGACUAUCUGAAGAGACUCCCUGCCGACGCUCCAGACCGCAAAGAUGCUGAGAGGUCCCUGGAGCUGAUCUCCACAGCUGCCAACCAUUCCAACGCUGCCAUCCGCAAAAUGGAGAAAAUGCACAAACUUUUGGAGGUGUACGAGAGACUGGGAGGGGAAGAGGACAUUGUCAACCCGGCCAAUGAGCUGAUCAAAGAGGGCCCCAUCCAGAAGCUGUCAGCCAAGAACGGUACCACCCAGGACCGACACCUCUUCCUAUUCAACAGCAUGAUCCUUUAUUGUGUGCCCAAACUGCGGCUCAUGGGCCAGAAGUUCAGUGUCCGGGAGAAGAUGGACAUUUCCGGCCUGCAGGUGCAGGACGUGGCCAAGCGCAGCGCAGCCCACACAUUUGUCAUCACCGGGAAGAAGCGGUCUCUGGAGCUGCAGAGCCGGACAGAAGAAGAGAAGAAAGACUGGAUUCAGGUCAUUGAAGCCACCAUCGAGAAGCACAAACAGAACAGUCAGAGCUUCAAGGCAUUUGGCAGCUCUUUAGGCCUGGAUGAGAACCCCUCAGUGCCUGCAGACCCCCUGACGCCGGGCGCCAACCCCGAGGAGCCUGUGGUGGUGGCCGAUGGAGGAGGAGGUGCUGUAGGGCCCGAGCUGAGGAGAGGGUCCUCUAAGACCAGGCGUGACAGGGAGAGACAGGGCUGCAGGAUCUGUGGCGACAGUUUCAAUUCCAUCACCAGGCGGAGGCACCACUGCAAGCCAUGUGGGGCGGUCAUCUGCGGGAAGUGCUCUGAGUUCAAGACCGAGCACGGCAGGCAGAGCCGCUUCUGUCGAGACUGUUUCCUGACCCAGCCCGUGGCUCCUGCCAGCCCCAGCCCCGAGGAGCCCGCUGGGUCCAAGCCCGGUGUGGAGGAGCUGAGCCCUGCGGACCCCCAGCCCAGCCUGCUGUGUGGCGCAUUGCGGGUGUCAGAGGACUGUGUGGCGUGGACUGAGGUGUGGGCCUCCAUCCCCGCGGUUGAGCCCCCGGAGCUGGUGCUGUGCCCGAAAGGAAGCAGCCAGGCUGACUGGCUGCCCUCGGCUAUUGCCCUCCCUGGCUGCCAGGUGAGCCCCGUGGGGAGCGUGGAGAGGCUGGACGCUGGACACGCCUGGACGCUGCAGCAGGCCCAGCAGGUCUGGUACCUGAGCGUGCCGUCAGAGGAGCUGCGUCAGCGCUGGCUGGAGGCCCUGAGCACCGCAGCCCGAGGGGACCCAGCCCAGGCCAGCCCUGGGGACCCACAGCCUCAGGCCCCCACUGCACCCUGA